GAAUUGUGAAGUGCGCUUAGUAGCAAGCAUUUCCUGGUUGAACUAAUUCGAUAAUUGCUGUAUUAAAAGCGCUCAAGGAACAGUCAAAGGGAGGAGGAGCAUAUCUGCCAAGUCCGUUAUUACAACUCUGGCUGGGUUCAGGUUCUGUCACAAUCAUUUGCUAGCGUCAAAAAAGCAAAGAUGAAAUUUGCUACGAUUUUUGCCACAGUUGCAAUCUGUACAAUUGUACACAAAUGUAAUGGAAAGUCAAAGCCUAAGCCGUCUUGUAGUUAUCCUCCGUCGCAAUGGUGCCGGUCUUUGGAAAUUGCAAUAGAAUGCAAGGUUCAGAAGCAGUGUCUUGAGCUGAAUGCCACCAAGCCCAACCCGGCCGUUCCUCCAGUUGAGGUGACCCUGUACUAUGAGAGCUUGUGCCCAGGAUGCAGAACCUUCAUCAGCCAUCAGCUCUAUCCUACCUGGACUAUGCUCCAAGACAUCAUGGAGGUCAAGCUUGUCCCCUAUGUCAACGCAGAGGGGAUUCCAACAGGAAGUGCCCCUUUCACCUGUCAACAUGGAGAACCAGAGUGUGACAGCAACAUGAUUCAGUCCUGUAUUCUACAUUUAGCUGGUCACUCUGCCUUUCCUGUCAUUUACUGCAUGGAGUCUUCUGCAGAUGUUCUCAGAGCCGCCCAGCCUUGUCUGCAACUGCACGCCCCCUCAAUGGCGUGGAACGACGUCACAUCCUGUGUGAAGGGAGAGCUGGGCCACAAGCUGAUGUAUGAGAACGCCUUGACGACCAGAGCUCUCAACCCUGCCCACACACACGUGCCUUGGGUCACAUUCAAUGGGGAAUACACUGUUGAGUUUCAGGACAAGGCGAUGUCAUCACUUUUCAAUCUGGUUUGCAACCUAUACAAGGGAGGAAAACCGCCCGCCUGCACUGGAGCGCUGAAGAAACUUGACCGAAGCUACUGCUGAAAGCAAUAUAGUCUUGGCCUAGAUUUACCAACCGACAUUUGCUUGCUAGUUAAAUGUGAUACUUUUUUUUAACACUUACUACAUUUAAGGUACCUCAAAAAAAAAUAUAUGACAUUUUAAACAUAUUACUGCUAACUUUUUCAUAUUUAAAGAUGUUUCAGUUUUUUUUGUAUAUUAGACUAAGACAAGGUAAGAGAGAACCAUAUGUAUACAAGAGGUUUAACUUUUUUUAAUUUAUUGGUAUUUUGACAACAACCUGGAUUCCAAAGACUUUUGGCUUAAAAGAUAAAAUCUAGGAAAUAUAAUGGACAAACAUUGGAGUGUUAAAUAGUUGUUUUUGGAAGGUAUUCUUGAUUUUUUUUCUUCAGGCUCUUAAACAUAUAAGGCAUUUUACAGUACUUGACAUACACAUAACUAUUUAACUUGGCACAACAUUGAGGAGAUAAACAGAGAAUAAACAGAACAUUAUGGCAUAUCUUUCAUGUGUCUCUAUUAAAGCAAUAUUAUAGGUAAGGCAGGAACAAGCAAGCUGUUUCCUAACGUUGUCUUUAACACUGAAUGGCACUGACUAGUAUUAUAUUUAACCCAUGAUGGCAUUCCAUUCUGUCCUAUCUCCUAUAACACUUAAAGCUUUGUAAAAGAGAGAUGGAGUAUUAGUCUCAUGUUCAUGAGACCAUGUGGUCUGUGUUGAAAUCUGUGUUGGUUUUGCUGUACUUAAUUUCCUGUUCUGAAGUUGUUUCGCCAUGAAGCGUUUCACAGCUAAGAAAACAAUACAUUGUCAAUGUCUUCCUCCUUUUCUAAUGUAUAAGAAACAAUAUAUGGUCUCUUUUUUGUUGUUGUGUCAGAACAGUUUUUCUGUUUCGUGAUUUCGACCCAUCUUGGAUUUAUUAGGCUGGGGUUCCAAGUUUUGGAUCGGGGACCUAGAACUUGGUUUCUGGUCUUGACUCCAUCUCUGCUUUGUAGUCAGAGUUAAAUGCUAGCAUGUUAGACAUCACUACUAAAGAGUUAACAUUCUUUUUAGUGUUCCCAAGGCAAUUUCCAAACUGUAAAUUGGAUGCUUCUGACUGUUGUAGUGAUUUACUCUAAAAGUAAAAUGACAUUGCUUUCGUUCUCCGAUUUCAACAAGAGGUACUAUGGUAUUUUAGGUACAUUUGAGAUUGUCUGUUAUCAUUAAGCUGCUUCUCUCUGUCACAUACCCACUCGAAGUAAUAGAUUGUAUUUUCUUUCUUUUUAUACAUUUGUCCAAUAGAGCAACGUAAUCAGCACAAUGCUAGAAACUGGAUAUGUCAGUGUUCUGCUCAUUGAGCUAAUCAUUACGUUGACUACAUUAAAUCCAAAUCAGAUUUGUGCAAAAGCACUUUUUUAUGUGAAAGUUUGACCUUGAUGUUUAUUUUUUUGUUAAAAGAAGUUUUUUUUUCCUCCACAAACAAAUCUAUUAAAGGAACAUUCAAGAAUAUCAAUACAGACUGAAUCGCGUGUAAAGUAACUGAUUUGAUCAAAUCUGUUCAUUGUAUUUGCAACGUACCAUCUAAUUAAAUACUAGCUUUAAGCUGACUGAUGCUCACAAUGAUCAUGGUAUGGCUAAAGCCUUUUUCAGACUAAAGCAAGGGAUUGCCUAUGAGAUUGUAAAGUGCUAAUAUGGAGGCACCCUGAUAACAAAGUUUCAAAGCACACAGAUACACAAGUAUUGACAUCUCCAACAUAAAAAAUAACCAUUGCAACUCAAAUUAAAACGUGGGACAUUAACAUUAUAUAUGAUCACACAGACAAAAAAAAGAAAAA